UUUUCAUUCCCAUCGGUGUUGUGCGGCGGACGUUCGCGUUCGCCAUUUUGUAUUAGUGAGGGGUGAAGUCGUUUUUCAAUACUACCAUGCAUUGAUUGCGCAGCUUCGACGACCCCCGUGUCUACAUCGUGUACAGUCGCUUAAGUUGUAGCUAGGCCUUUUUUCUUUUAACCUAUUCCAAAUAUGGAAGAAGACGUGUGCGAAGAGUACAAGUCGUCGCUGCUGGAUCUCACAUGCAACAGCAAGCCGCUCAUCAAUAUGCUCACGAUGUUGGCCGAAGAGAACGUCCAGCAAGCCCCGAGGAUAGUGCGAACCAUCGAAGAGCACUUGCAGAAGGUUCCCAUAGAAAUGAAGCUGCCUGUACUAUACCUAAUUGAUUCCAUUAUGAAGAAUGUUGGUGGUGACUAUCGCGCCUUGUUCACACAAAACAUCGUUUCCAACUUUUGCAACGUUUUCGAAAAGGGGGAUGAGCGAAUGCGCAUGCAGCUCUUCAAGUUGCGCCAAACGUGGCUGGACAUUUUCCCAAACAAGAAGUUGUACGCCCUCGACACACGGGUGAAACAGAUGGACCCAGCCUGGCCUAUCAUAGCAAAGGAACCCCAGCAAACGUCAAUACAUGUCAACCCCAAGUUUCUCGAAGCUAAAACGAAAGGACAAGAGCAGGAGACAAUGGAACAGCAAGCAGCUAAGCUUGCUAGUUUAAAUGCACUUAACAAAGCAACAACUGAAAAGAUCUUAAAUGCUGGUGUGCCUUCAACAGAAGGGGAACAAGUUCAGAGGUUGCUUCUGCAAAAACAACAGGAGUUCAUCUUCCUACAAAGGCAAAAGCUUCAACUUGAGUUGCAAAUGCAGCAGCAGCAACUCCGGCAGAAGCAAGAAGCCGAGCAACUCCUGAAAAGCCUCAAGCCCCCUUCCAGCGUGGCGGCAACCCAUGCGUCUACUUCUACUCCUGUUUCUGUCGGUGUGGCUGUUCGUCCUCAGUUGCCACGACCAUCGGCGCCUGGUGCAGCACGUGACCCCAGGUUACAGCAGCGCUCAGUGCCGUCAGCCAACAGUAACAAACCUCCUCCGGUUUCAUCUGCACCAUCAUUGCAGCUUGGGUCUGUCAUCGUAGCUCCAGCUCAUGGUACCGCUCAAAACACUGCAUCCUCUGCUCCAUCGACCGUUUCAGAGAAGGCACCUCCCGACAAACGUGAAAACAACAAGGUAUCUGCCCGGGAGAAGCAUGCCGCUAUCAAGUCUCCACCCAGAAAGUUCCGCAUUCCUAAGACGAGUGACCGCAAGAAAGACGACGAGGACGGUGGAAAAAAUGGCGAGGCUGAGCCGUCUUCACCUACAAAGACGUCGCCAAGCAAGUCACGCAAGAAUGCCGAGGACAGGGACGAAAGACAGCAGCAUGGCAGGGCUGGCAGUGGGGGCAAAUCAUCGUCAUCCUCGUCUUCGUCGGGUUCUUCAUCUCAGGGCAGGGGUGGAAAGAAAGGUCGCGGGAAGAACAGCAAGGGCAAAAGUGAAGAGAAUGUGAGGCCUAAUGGUGACGUUGAAAUGAUCGAUGUGCUGCCUUCAGGUGAUGUGGACAUGCGCGUUCAGGUGGAGAAGAAACGAGACGCUGUGGAUACAACUCAGGAGGCUCCGCAGCACAAGAGACAACGAGGUCAUGCUGAUGAUAGCCUCGCCGACUUUGACUAUCGCAAGCCACCUGAUCGUCCAGGAGGCAUUUCAAAUGCCUCCCAGCGUGGCUGGGCGCAGUACAAAGCCAAGCACCCAGAUGAAUUCAAAAGCCCACUACGGCCAGCUCGAGAAAAUAUGGACGUCAGAGACGAGGACCUCCGGCAAAUGCAGGAUUCCAUGGGGAGAGGUGGCUACCCGGGACCCAUGCAACCAUCUGUUGACCGUUUUGGCAGACCUGUGCUCCGGAAACUCAUGACUGACCCAAGGUUUCGAAGUCACGUGGGCCAGUCGGGUAACAGUGACAUGAGCCUUCAGCAACAGCAGCAGAUGUACGAGAUGCUGGCCGAUCCUGACAUGUUCCUGCAGCAAACGGAUGAGCAGAUGCGGGCAGGACGCCUCAACCCCGACUUGCAUAGGGAGCUGAAAGCCGAGCUGGAGAAAAUCUCCCAGUUUCGCAAGUCGCAGCCACAGUCGCCCAUCGUGCCUCUUAAUUGGCAAGGAGGACCUCCAGGACCAGGGUUCCCACCCUGGAACCAACUUUCAUUCGGAGGUGUGAACAAAGCGAUGCCCCCUCUUUCCGAGCCUGCUCCAGGUUUUGGGACUAUUAGGGUUGACACUAAGAUGCGCAAAGUUCAGUUUGUGGAUGAUGUCGCUGUGGUGCUCAUGGAUGGCAGUGAGACAAGACAGAUCAUGUUCAAGGGACCGCCAAAGCGUGUCUUUAUUGAUGACAUGGAACCUGUGUCUUUGCCAUUUGAUGGCACAGCACAUGAAUUUGUUUCGAAACGAACUGGAAAGAAGCGUACAAUCAAGUUUGGAGCUCCAUUGCGUGAAAUAUUCCUGGACGGGGUGCCCUACAGUGCGCAGUUUGACAACAGUCCUAUCGCGAUCAAAACAGCUGAUGGUGAGGUGCAUGUGAUCAGGCUAGAGCCACAACCUCCAACCGUGGACAUCGAGAAGCGACCACCGGAGCAUGUACUUCGCGCCCUCAACCUUCAUCCGGAAAAACUGGCCGACACAGACUCGGAUUUGCGCACCCUUCCACCGGAAGUAAAGCUUCCUGCGACAGAGAGUGAAAAGAGUAUGGAUGUCGAUAUGAGACUACCUAGCUCCGAAGCAGCAAAAGAUGUUGACCUGAGGAAACGUGGCGACGUGGAUGAGAGUGGCACGUGGAAUAGUCCACAACAGGCAGGGCAGGGUGGUUGGGGGCAGUCACGGCCACAGCAGCCGCCCGAAGGCGGUUUUCAGCAAAACAAAGAGAGCGGUGGCUGGGUUAGGUAUGGCAGUGGGUCUGAAGAACGGGCAGGUGUCGGUAAUAAUUGGCCGCAACAGCCGCCCCUCGGUCAGCCACAACAAGAUCCAAACAUUCGUCCACCUUGGCCCCGAGGGCCCCCAGGACCUGGUGAUUGGAACAACAACUUUGGGAAUGAUUUCAUGGAGGGUCGUGGCAUGCCAAGAGUGGGCCCAGGUAGAAGGGGCAAUCAGCAGCCAGGCUUUGGUGGCGAGGAGUACCCCUCUUACUUCCGGGAGGACUUUCCUCAACCUCAGAUGCACCCUCAUCACGUCGGUGUCGGAGAAGUUCGGCCAGGCUUCCUGCAGCCGCAGUUCCCGCCAUGCAGACCACAUUUUACUGCCGGGGAGCCAGGACUCCCUCCGAUGGGCCCGCCUAGACUUGGUGGACCCCCACCACCCCCUCAGGCUCUUUUGGCGUCAUCAAACUUAGCUCCUCCUCCUCCACUUGCACCACCCCCCAUGGUGGUUGCCGGGCCGCACCUAGUGGGGCCUGAGGCAGCUGCCCGAGGGCAACCGGUUUACAUGGUUGGAGCCAGCCAGCCGCAACCAAUGCAGCAGCCUAUGCAGCCACCACUUCAGCAGCCAAUGCAACAGCAAAUGCAGCAGCCAAUGCAACAGCAAAUGCAGCAGCCAAUUCAGCAACCAAUGCCGCAGUCUAUGCAGCAACCACCACCAUUACAACAACCAAUGCAACAGCCAAUGCAGCCGCCAAUGCAGCCACCAAUGCAGCCGCCAAUGCAGCCACCAAUGCAACAGCCACUGCAGCAACCUCCAACGCAACCACCUGCCUUGCAGACAGCAGCGCAGCAGCCACCUCUGCAACCACCAGCUAUGUCUCAGAUGCCAGUAGCCACGCUUCCAAGCCCUUUCCCAGCUGUACUGGCAGAUGAGCACAUGCACCAGCAGCCAUCACAAGCUCCAACAGCUGCUCCGGCCCCGCCAGCGGCAUUGGAUGUCAAUGUGGGUGAGCUCUUCUCCAAGCUGGUUGCUGCAGGCAUCCUCAAGCAGAGCACAGGCAAUGGGAAUGCAGCAGGGAGCCAGCCUGCAGAGCAGUACCAAUCAAUGGGUGCCCACUUGCAGAAGAAGAAACGGAGGAGACCACGAGGCGAGCACACAAGACAGGAGCCCAAGAAGCCCAUUGAAGGCGUCCCGCAGCUCAGUUUCUCCAGGACAGACCAGCUCAAGAUCAAGCACCCAAGCGUGAUCACUGCCCUGCAUGUGGGCACCCAGUGUGCGUCCUGCGGCCUGCGAUUCACAGAUGAGAAGUGCGAGAAGUAUCGGCAGCACUUGGACUGGCAUUUCAGGGCCAAUCGCAGGGAUAAGGACGGCGCCCGGAAGGCCUUUUCCCGAAAGUGGUUCUACGAAGUGGAGGAUUGGAUUCAGUUUGAAGAGAUAGAAGAUCUGGAGGAACGAGCGAGGAGCUUCUUUGAGCAGCAAGCCACCGUGGAACAGGACCAGAGCAGCAACUCGCCCACGGCAAUCAAAAGUGUCCCGGCUUCUGGCGACGAGACCGGCAACGUGUGUGCUGUCUGUGAAGAGGCUUUCCAGCUUUUCUGGGCAGAAGAGGAGGAGCAGUGGCACUUCAGGGAUGCCAUUCGCAUCGAGAAUAAAGUGUACCACCCAGCCUGCUAUGAAGACUUCAAAAGGGCGGCAGAAGCACCUAGUCCUGUCAAAAUGGAGACUGAAGAAGCUCAACCGGAAGUUGCCCCUCAAGAGGAAGAUAAGAGCAUGGACGUCGACUCUGGCGUCAAGGAAGAAGCCGCCACCGAAGCCACAACCGAGCCCAUCGAGCAGAGUGGCUCCGACGAGAAGCAACAUCAGGAAAUGGUAGUGGAGGAAGCUGCCACUGUAGCACAGGAAGGUACUGAGGGUAAUGAGGCCGCUUGUGAUAAGGGGGGAUUAGAAAUAAAAGAUGAGAAUACUAGCGGCAAUUUGCAGGACGAUCCCAUAGUGGUAGUAGAUAAUCUCGGGGAGUUUGGAGUGUCCCUGAGUGAUGCUGAACAGAACAAUGACGAAGAAGAGCGACCGCCUGAGACGGUUGAGCCAAAAGUUGUGGUCAAAAGCACUGGGGGCAUUGUGAUGAAAGUGAAAGCAGAGAGCAUUCAGCCACCGGUCUCUCCUGUGUCUCACUCGACAACUGCCGACGCGCCUGACACUGCCGAGGGCGGUGGCAGCAACGAGCCGGCAGCACCUGCACCUGACGAGUCCGCAAGUGACGAAGAGUUCCGGCCGCCUACUCCCGAUCCACGUUUUCAGUCACUGCCGCCAGUGCAAAGGGGGAACGAGUUAUCAGGGCUCUGCUGCAUUAUGUGACAGGGUUGUUGCCAGGAGCUCUUGUUUCAUUUGGCUGGCCUAAUUGGGUUCAUCAACAAGUACGCGACUCAUUCGUAGGUUUACACUAGUCCUGUUUUAAACGACUAGGCAGUGCUUUCGCUACAGCAUUAACGUAAUCAGUGUAUGAAAGGCUCUUUUUUUAGGUAAGUUAAUAGGUUCACGAGUUCAGCAUGCUGCAUUUGUGUACAGCAGAAAAAUUGUUUUAAUAAGAGUAGCAGUCAUUCACUUUUAUUUCCAAAUUUGCGUACAUUGAUACUUCUUGGUGUGUAAACCACUAAGGUGUCUAAACUGACUCAUAUAUAGGACAAACGGAACUCUGUACAGACCCAGACUGCCUUUGUAUAUAAAAUUCUUGUACAUAAGUAAAAGUUUUAUUUUCGUGUACAGAAGUGUACAAUAAAAACAAGUCACCUUUCUUCAAUGCUUGUUGGGUUGCCUUCUGUUAACGUUUUCUUUUCUUUUCUACAAUUCAUAUUUGCAAGAUGCGCUGCGUGUACCCCAUAUGAUACUAAUAAACCGGCGUUGUUUGGGA